AUGCCAAGUCUUGGCUCUGUUAUUAGUGAUGAUGCUCUCGAGGCGACCGCCACAGCAAGCUGCAAGAAAUACAUGGUCAGGUCUGGAGAUACCUGUUCGAGUAUUGGCAAGUCAACAGGAGCCACAUGGGCACAGUUGAUUUCGUGGAACUCGGAGAUCAAUAACCAAUGCUCAAACCUUGAUAAAAUCGUGGGGGAAAAUAUAUGUGCUAGCAACCCAAUGGGCAACUAUAUCAUGCCUACAAACACCAUCGGUAGCUCAAGCGCAACCGGCACUGGGAAUGUGGUCAUUACCACUGCUCUCAUCCCUUCGCCGACACUCCAUGGCACAAACUCUCGCUGCGGCAGACACCACAAGAUUGGAGCCAACGAGAACUGCGCCACGGUGGAAAAGAAGUUCGAAAUCUCAAAGUCUGACUUCCUGUUCCUAAAUCCUGAAGUGUUUACCAACUGCACUAACCUUCAGAAAAAUGUUUACUACUGCGUUAAGCCUGUAGGAUAUAUCCCCACAUAUCCUAGUUAUGGCGGAUCUGCUACUAGUACGCCGGUCUUGUCACCUAUUUCAAUGACAGACGCCCCUUUCCCAACACAUCUACUCGACAGCGGCGGAGAUGCAGACGCUGUCAUACCGGUCGCCAACGACUCGAGAAAGGACUGCACAGAGUAG